CUACACCCCACACUGCUGUCUGGCGUCGUCUCUCUAACCCACGAGGACCAAGAUGGCCGAGUUUUCCUCAACUCUGAUGGCGGCCAAACUCUUCGGGACUUGAGCCCUGGACGCCUCCAGCACACAAGGAAGUCGGAAGACCUGUCUGAAGGCCUUAGUGGGGACCAUGUUGACACUCGUCCUCAAGCUCCAUGGCUUGGCCAUCGACUUGUUAAGCAACGACGAACUGAAGGUCGACAGCAAGUCGAGUCUCGCCAUACUGAAAGUCGAAGACAUGAUGCCCGAUUAGCUGAGGGUCGUAGAGUUGACGCCAGACUAGUUGAGCACCGACGACUUGACGUCAGACUAGUUAAACAUCGUCAAGAUGACGCCCGACUAGUUGAAGGUCGUCGAGUUGACGCCAAAGUUGUCGAGAGUCGUCGAGUUAACGUCCAACUAGCAGACAGUCGGGGCACUAAUGCCCGAUCAGAUGAGAGACAACUCUUUUCCCAUAAAGCCAGGCAGGAACGACUAGAUACUCGACAAGACAGUACACGCCUGGACACGAGGACUCCUGGAGCAACUUAUCUUCACAGGAAGAGGUCCACUGAAACUAUGCUACUUGACACAAGGAGGGCCAGUGACGCUCGUCUUGACACGAGGAAGGUCAGUGACGCUCGUCUUGACUCAAGGAAAGCCAGUGACGCUCGUCUUGACGCAAGGAGGGCCAGUGACGCUCGUCUUGACACAAGGAGGGCCAGUGACGCUCGUCUUGACUCAAGGAAAGCCAGUGACGCUCGUCUUGACACAAGGAGGGCCAGUGACGCUCGUCUUAACACAAGGAGGGUCAGUGACGCUCGUCUUGACACGAGGAAGGUCAGUGACGCUCGUCUUGACUCAAGGAAAGCCAGUGACGCUCGUCUUGACGCAAGGAGGGCCAGUGACGCUCGUCUUGACGCAAGGAGGGCCAGUGACGCUCGUCUUGACACAAGGAGGGCCAGUGACGCUCGUCUUGACACGAGGAAGGUCAGUGACGCUCGUCUUGACUCAAGGAAAGCCAGUGACGCUCGUCUUGACGCAAGGAGGGCCAGUGACGCUCGUCUUGACACAAGGAGGGCCAGUGACGCUCGUCUUGACUCAAGGAAAGCCAGUGACGCUCGUCUUGACGCAAGGAGGGCCAGUGACGCUCGUCUUGACACAAGGAGGGCCAGUGACGCUCGUCUUGACUCAAGGAAAGCCAGUGACGCUCGUCUUGACACAAGGAGGGCCAGUGACGCUCGUCUUAACACAAGGAGGGUCAGUGACGCUCGUCUUGACACGAGGAAGGUCAGUGACGCUCGUCUUGACUCAAGGAAAGCCAGUGACGCUCGUCUUGACGCAAGGAGGGCCAGUGACGCUCGUCUUGACACAAGGAGGGCCAGUGACGCUCGUCUUGACUCAAGGAAAGCCAGUGACGCUCGUCUUGACACAAGGAGGGCCAGUGACGCUCGUCUUGACACAAGGAGGACCAGUGACGCUCGUCUUGACGCAAGGAAAACCAGUGACGCACGUCUUGACACAAGGAGGGCCAGUGACGCUCGUCUUGACGCAAGGAGGGCCAGUGACGCUCGUCUUGACGCAAGGAGGGCCAGUGACGCUCGUCUUGACGCAAGGAAGCCCAGUGACGCUCGUCUUGACGCAAGGAAGCCCAGUGACGCUCGUCUUGACGCAAGGAGGGACAGUGACGCUCGUAUUGACGCAAGGAAAGCCAGUGACGCUCGUCUUGGCGCAAGGAAAGCCAGUGACGCUCGUCUUGACGCAAGGAGGGGCAGUGACGCUCGUCUUGACGCAAGGAAGCCCAGUGACGCUCGUCUUGACGCAAGGAGGGUCAGUGACGCUCGUCUUGACGCAAGGAGGGCCAGUGACGCUCGUCUUGACGCAAGGAGGGCCAGUGACGCUCGUCUUGACACAAGGAGGGCCAGUGACGCUCGUCUUGACACAAGGAAGGCCAGUGACGCUCGUCUUGACACAAGGAGGGUCAGUGACGCUCGCCUUGACGCAAGGAGGGCCAGUGACGCUCGUCUUGACGCAAGGAGGGCCGGUGACGCUCGUCUUGACGCAAGGAGGGUCAGUGACGCUCGUCUUGACGCAAGGAGGGCCAGUGACGCUCGUCUUGACGCAAGGAGGGCCAGUGACGCUCGUCUUGACGCAAGGAGGGCCAGUGACGCUCGUCUUGACACAAGGAGGGUCAGUGACGCUCGUCUUGACGCAAGGAGGGCCAGUGACGCUCGUCUUGACACAAGGAGGGCCAGUGACGCUCGUCUUGACACAAGGAGGGCCAGUGACGCUCGUCUUGAUGCAAGGAGCAGUGACUCUCGUCUUGACGCAAGGAGGGCCAGUGACGCUCGUCUUGACGCAAGGAGGGCCAGUGACGCUCGUCUUGACACAAGGAGGGCCAGUGACUCCAGUCUUGACGCAAGGAGGGCCAGUGACGCUCGUCUUGACACAAGGAGGGCCAGUGACUCCAGUCUUGACGCAAGGAGGGCCAGUGACGCUCGUCUUGAUGCAAGGAGGAGCAGUGACUCUCGUCUUGACGCAAGGAGGGCCAGUGACGCUCGUCUUGACGCAAGGAGGGCCAGUGACGCUCGUCUUGACGCAAGGAGGGCCAGUGAUGCUCGUCUUGACACAAGGAGGGCCAGUGACUCCAGUCUUGACGCAAGGAGGGCCAGUGACGCUCGUCUUGAUGCAAGGAGGGGCAGUGACUCUCGUCUUGACGCAAGGAGGGCCAGUGACGCUCGUAUUGAUGCAAGGAGGAGCAGUGACUCUCGUCUUGACGCAAGGAGGGCCAGUGACGCUCGUCUUGACACAAGGAGGGCCAGUGACGCUCGUCUUGACACAAGGAGGGCCAGUGACUCCAGUCUUGACGCAAGGAGGGCCAGUGACGCUCGUCUUGAUGCAAGGAGGAGCAGUGACGCUCGUCUUGACGCAAGGAGGGCCAGUGACGCUCGUCUUGACACAAGGAGAAGCAGUGACGCUCGUCUUGACGCAAGGAGGGCCAGUGACGCUCGUCUUGACACAAGGAGGGCCAGUGACUCCAGUCUUGACACAAGGAGGGUCAGUGACGCUCGUCUUGACACAAAGAGGGCCAGUGACGCACGUCUUGACACAAGGAGGGCCAGUGACGCUCGUCUUGACACAAGGAGGGCCAGUGACGCUCGUCUUGACGCAAGGAGGGCCACUGAAGAAGUAUGUCUUGACACAAGGAAAGCUGCUGAAGAGAACACUCUUGAUACAAAGACCACCCCCGACACACGUCCUGUUACAAGGAGGGCCACUGACGCUAGGCGGCAUGAGACAAGGACAGCCGCUGAUGACCGGUACAUUACCACAAGCAGGGCCACUCCGGCUAAACAUUUUAGCGCGAGGAAUACUGAAGAAAUACGCUCCGACAGGAGGAGGAACUCGGUGGCUCAGAGUACACAAAGGAAGGUCCCUGGAGUGUUGUCUCUUGGUAUGAAGCUCUCAGAUGAGUCGCUGGAGGCUGUAAUGAUCCGUUCCUAUCAAGGACAUGACUCACGACGCUCUGUAGAAGACAUGAGCUUUAAAAACUCGCACGGUUCUUGGUCCCCGGAGUCUGCGGUCUUCCACCUCAGACAAGAUGAGACAAAGCAAUAUAAAGAAGAGAAGAGUUUGGGAGAUGUGAUGCUGACAGGUCUGUGGACGGGUCUGGCAUCUUUGGCUCUGUACCACGCCCACACCUCCAAGGUGGCACUGUGUUGAGUGCCACGCCCACACCUCCAAGGUGGCACUGUGUUGAGUGCCACGCCCACACCUCCAAGGUGGCACUGUGUUGAGUGCCACGCCCACAUCUCCAAGGUAGCACUGUGUUGAGUGCCACGCCCACAUCUCCAAGGUAGCACUGUGUUGAGUGCCACGCCCACACCUCCAAGGUGGCACUGUGUUGAGUGCCACGCCCACACCUCCAAGGUGGCACUGUGUUGAGUGCCACGCCCACACCCGUCAUCGUCAACGUCUCGUCUCUUCACGUCACAUUAAGUCAUCUGCCUGUCUUAUAAUGUCAACACUCAGUCGUCAGAAGUGUAGCUGUGUACACUUUGUUAGUAAUGUGUCUGUGUAUACAUAGUGUAGCUGUAUGCAUCUCCAUUCACCGACGUGACUGUGUAUACAUAGUGUAGCUGUAUGCACCUCCAUUCACCGACGUGACUGUGUAUACAUAGUGUAGCUGUAUGCACCUCCAUUCACUGACGUGACUGUGUAUACAUAGUGUAGCUGUAUGCACCUCCAUUCACCGACGUGACUGUGUAUACAUAGUGUAGCAAUGUGCACCUCCAUACACUGAUGUGUACAUGUAUAUAAAUGUAUCAAAUAACCUGACAGGACACGCUCUCGUUUUCUCUCUUAAACAAUAAAGUUCAUCCAUUCAAUAAUAAUUUUGUCGCUGCUUCCAAUUUAUAAUUUUUACCUCCAUUACCACCAUUUUAAUAUUUAUAUCAUAAAUGGUUUAAAUAUGAUAACUUGUGCAGAUCUUCCGUUGUGCUUCGUGAACCUCAUCUGAGUUUUGUGUCAAUGUUCAUAAUAGAGCUCUGCUUAAUGACGCAUUGAGCUCUGCUUAAUGACGCAAGGAGCUCUGCUUCUUGCGUCGCCCAGUUGUACA